AUGAAUGGAGAACAAAAUGAUGGGCAAGUAUCAGAUACAUAUUUGGAUAAUAUUAUAAAACAACUUGAAAUAUCUGAUGGAUCACAAGCAACAUCAUCUGUUCGUUCGGUUUUUGUUCGAAAUGAUGCUGGAACAUUUUUAAGAAAACUUGAUGAACGUGUUAAAUAUUAUGAUAACGAAAUAGAAAAAUUAUGCAAUUUUCAAUAUCAAAGUUUUGUUAAAUCAUUUCAUGAAUUAUUACAAGUACGAAAAGAUACAACAAGUAUGAAGAAGGAACUUGAGAAAAAUAAUCAAAUGAUGCAAGAAGCUGGACAAAGUUUAGCAAAAAAAACUGCAUCUUUAAUUAAAGAAUAUCAUCGGCAGAGUAAUAUACAACAAACUAUUGAAGCUUUAUCACAAGCAUUUCCAGUUUUCGAAACAUAUCGAAAACUACAAGAAUGUAUGGAAGAAAAAAAACUUUAUCCAGCAUUGAAAUUACUUGAACAAUUAGAAACUAAACAUCUCGUUCUUGUAAAAGAACAUCGUUGGUCAGAACUUAUUCAACAUAAUAUUGCAAAAUUUCGUAAUCAAAUUCGUAAUGAAUCAUAUAAUGAAUUGAAAAAUUUUCUUGAAAAUGUUGCAACACAUGCAGACAAAAUUGGAAAAAGUGCUUUUGCACAAGCAGCUGCUCGUCUUGAUAUCGAUCGACGUUAUUAUAUGUUAGAAGAAGAUCGAAAAAAAGAUCAACAACAGCAACAACCAGAAGGAUCAGCUGAUUUAGCUUUAAUAAAUAUGAAUAUAACUGAAACAAUUGAUUUUUCUCCCAUAUAUAAAAGUCUUCAUAUAAAUUUAUUUCUUAAUUGUAAAGAAGAAUUUUCAAAACAUUAUCAACGUGAAAAACAAAAACAAGCACCUGUUAUUAUGGAUGUACCACCUAAAAUGCAUGAAUCAUUUGAUGCUUUUAAAAAAUAUUUACAACGUGUAACAGGUUUUUUUAUUGUUGAAGAUCAUGUCAUGAAUACAACUGAAGGUUUAAUUGAUCAAAGAUUUUAUUAUGAAUUAAGUGAACGUGCAACACAACAAUUAUUAGCUGUACUUAGACGAGCAGUGUCAACAUCAUAUAAUCCAGAAUUAAUGCUUGAUAUGAAAAUUGUUGUCGUACUUUUUUGUGCUGCUAUUAAAGAAUCUGGUUUUCCAGUUACGCCUUUAUUAGAUGUUUUAAUGGAAUUAAGAGAAAGUUAUCAACAAUUAUUAUUAGCACAAUGGGGUCAAAAAUUUAAAGAAAUCCUUAGAAAAGAUAAUUAUAUACAAAUGGUUAUUGAAGAUGAAACACAAUAUCAACUGCUUUUAAGACAGUUUCCAUUGAGAAUUGAAGCAGCUGAAAGGUUACCAUAUCCACGUUCAUUACCAUAUAGUGAAUCAGUACCAAAAGUAUUUUUAGAAAUAAAAGAUUUUGCAGCAGUUUGUGCAAAAUUCGCUAAAGGUCUUAAUGUUAGUAAAACUGAAAUAGAUGAUAUGAUUCGAAAACCAUCAAAUUUAUUAUUAACAAAAACUCUUAAAAGUGCUUUAGUAGAUUUAACAGCUGCUGAAUCAGAAUCACAACUUAAUUUUUCACAACUUGUUCAAAUUUGUAUUAAUACAAUACAUUUAGAAAACUCAAUGCCUUAUUUAGAAGAUUACAUUGUUGCUCUAGUACAUGGUAGUACAAAACAAAUUGGACUUCGACUACAAGGUGCAUCAAUGCUUAAAGAUAUUCGUAGUCUAGUAGAAGAUCGUAUUCAUGAUAAAUUAAAUGAUAAAAUUGAUCAAUGCUUAGAUAUUGGUAAUUAA